AUGGCUUACCCCAAAUCACAAAGAAAAAGUAAAGCACUUGGUUCAUCGUUGGAGAUGGCUCAAUUUCUGGAUGCAGGCGCCAAUAAGAUCAAAAGAAGAAUAAGGGAUCUAGAGAGACUCUUGAAGAAAAAGAAAGAUAUAUUGCCAGAUACUGUUAUCGUCGAGAAGGAAAGAACGUUAGAGGCCCUAAGGAUGGAAUUAGAGAAUGCUGAAUUAAGACAUAAGACUAAACAAAAUGCUAAAAAAUACCAUAUGGUUAGAUUCUUCGAAACCAAGAAGGCGACCAGGAAAUAUAAGAAGGCCCUUAAACAGUUAGCCUCCGCAAAGGAUAAGGAUGAAAAAGAACUUAGAGGUGCCCAAUUACUGGAAAGUAAGAUUGAUCUUUGUUAUGUCGUUAACUUCCCAAAGACAGAAAAAUACAUUGCAUUGUAUCCGACCGAAAAUACUGAUGAUCUUGAAACAGGUUCAGAGAAGACAAAUAUCAGCAAAGAGAAUACAAAUGUUAGGAGAGAAGCCUUCCGUACAUUGGUGGCGAAUCAAUUAGAAGAGGGUACUUUACCCGUAUCUUUAGAAGAAAUCAUGAAGGGUAAGAAAUUGGACAAAAAUGGUGCUGGUAUCAUGCUGGAAGAAGAUAUCGAAAAUAAAAGUAAGAAAUCACGUCCUUCUGUUGAAGUAAAGGGUUCGAAGGAGCCAGAAGUCCAACAGAAUGAGGAAGAAGAAGAGGAAGAAGAUGACUUCUUUGAAUAA